AUUGGGAAGAAGAGAAAACAUUGUUUUGUUUUUUCUGGCGUAUUUGUGGUAAUUCAAUUAGAAUUUGUAAAGAAAUUUUGCACAAUGAGCGAAAAAAGGAAAAACAAGAAAUCAAAAGAAGAAAUUGCCAAGGAGUUUGAUUUGCCCGAGCGCAAAUCAAAAAUUGCAACAAUUAUGAAGCAAGAUGGCCAGGCUUACUGUAUUUGCCGAUCUUCUGACUGUUCCCGAUUUAUGAUCGGAUGUGAUGGUUGCGAGGAAUGGUAUCAUGGCGAUUGUAUCAACAUCACCGAAAAGGAGGCCAAACAUAUUAAACAUUAUUAUUGUCAGAAGUGCAAAGAAGAUGAUCCCACAUUGCAAACUGUUUUUCGUGUAGUGCCGGUGGAAAAAACAGCCAAUCCUAUGGGAGCGGUAAUGCCCAUGGAACAGGAAAAGCGUAAAAAGUCUAAAGAUCUUACCGCGACUACUUCGGGGGAUGUGCCGGCUAAAACUAGCACUAAAGUUAACCGCUGUGGCACUUGUGAAGGUUGUCGUACGCCCAAUUGUAAUAACUGUGAGGCUUGUCGCAUACGUGUGGGCCAUAAACCACGUUGUGAAAGACGUGUUUGUUUGGUACAACUUCAGGCCCAAAUGUCAUUACAAAUACAACCGCAAAUUGUACCUCAACAGCAGCAACCAGCCCAACCGAGACCCGCUAAGAAAAAGGAAAAGCCAGUGAAAGAUCGCCAACGUAAAAGAAAAAGAUCCUUGACCCCCGAACCCUUUAUUAAUCCAGAACUAGAAGGCAUACGCCAAUGUUAUGGUCCCAGUUGUAGGCACAACUCUCGUCCCCAAUCUAAGUAUUGUAGUGAUGAAUGUGGUUUACGUUUGGCCACCGCUCGAAUAUUUCAGGUGCUACCACAAAGAGUACAAGAAUGGAAUCUAACGCGUUGUCGUGCCGAGGAAGAAAACAAAAAACAAUUAGAUCAAAUUAGAUCUAAGCAAGCUAUGGUACGUUUUGCUUUGGCUGAGUUGGAUAAAAGACACCAGGAAUUGGAUAUGAUUGUGGAAAGAGCCAAACAUUCGUCAUUGGAUCCAAAUUUCCAAGAACACAAUGACAUUGAAGAUGAACAGUCUAUGUACUGUAUUACAUGUGGUCAUGAGAUUCACUCAAGGACCGCCAUCAAACACAUGGAAAAAUGUUUUAACAAAUAUGAAUCGCAAGCUUCUUUUGGCAGUAUUUUUAAAACACGCAUUGAGGGUCAAUCCAUGUUUUGUGACUUCUAUAAUCCAGCAAGUAAAACUUAUUGCAAACGUUUGAAGGUUUUGUGUCCUGAACACUGUAAAGAUCCGAAAGUUAGCGAUACCGAUGUUUGUGGCUGUCCCUUGGUCUUAGAUGUAUUUACGCCGACGGGGGAAUUUUGUCGAGCUCCCAAGAAAAGCUGUUACAAACAUUAUGUUUGGGAAAAGAUACGUAGGGCUGAAAUUGACUUGGAGCGUGUUAGGCAAUGGUUAAAAAUGGAUGAGCUGUUGGAGCAGGAAAGACAAAUAAGACAUCAAAUGGCUUCCAGGGCUGGUGUAUUGGGUUUAAUGUUACAUUCCACUUAUAAUCAUGAGGUUAUGGAAGAGUUAUGCCGCCAACAGCAACAACAAUUGGCUGCAGCUCAGCAGCAAAAACAAUUAAUGGAAAAGUAAUAGUAAUAAUAAAAAUAAUAAAACAACAGGACGAAAGUGUGAAACUUAAAAAAAUUUAUAAUUAUAAAAACUUUACAGUAACAUGAAAUAAAAUGAAAAAAUACUAAAAUUUGACAGCA